AUGACCGAACAACAACAACAACAACAACCAUCAAAACCAACAUUUCUUGGCAAGAAAUUCAAUCCAGUAAAAUCAUCAUCGAAAUAUCAUCAAGAAAGAAUUGGUCCAUUGUGGAAACGAUUUUAUAACACAGCAAUCGAAACAUGGAAGACACCACUCGGAAAGAGAAUUUGCAUAUUCGGAGGAAUGUCCAUUGCAUCUGUGUAUUUUGUGUUAGCACCAACGAUUCAAAAAGUCGUUCGCAAUAGUGAAAAGGAAGAAGAAGAAAAUUCUGAAUAA